AUGGAGGAAGUAUGGAAGAGAUUGAAGCUGAAUGAUGAGGAGGAUUGUCCGAUUGAGAUUGGGAAAGGUGUGCGUGGUUCGAUGGAACUGAAGGGGGAAAGAAGUUUGGUUGGGAAGAUAAUCUCUGAGCGCAGAAUUGGAAAGGAAGUUGCUCGAUCUAUGAUGGAAAAAGUAUGGAAGGUUGGUAAGCCCCUUGAAUUUCAAGAAAUUGGCGGUAAUUGCUAUGUGAUUACCUUUGUUAAUCGACGAGAUAAGUGGAAGGUGCUUGAUGGCUGUCCAUGGUUGUUUGACAGUUACCUUUUUGUUCUGCUUGAUUUUAAUGGUGGAUUGCAACCAAGAUUGUUUGAUUUUGACCAUGCGUACCUAUGGAUACAAAUGUUAAAUCUACCAUUGAGUUAUAUGAAUAAACAAAUGGGGGAAUUGAUUGGGAGUUCGAUAGGGAAGGUUAGUGAAGUUGAUGUGCAGAAGGAUGGAUUGGCGUGGGGGAAAUGCUUGAGGGAAAAGGUGGAGUGUGAUCUGAGAAGACCUGUAGCCAGAGGCAGGACUAUCGUUGUGGAUGGAAGGAAAAUUUGGGUACCUUUUCAGUAUGAAAAAUUACAUAGAUUAUGCUUUAACUGUGGAAGAAUUGUCCAUGGUAAGGAUGGUUGUAUGGAAAGUGAGGGGAGUAUAGGUCAAUACGGUGUUUGGCUUCGAGCUCUUCCUCAAAAUAGAAGAGCUGCAGUCAAGGUGAAAGAGCAAAAAGGGGGAGGAAGAGGAGAGGAGAGUGGUGACUAUUCAGAUCCUUUUCAUGAAGUUGAUGACGAUGAGAGGAAAGGGGAGGCUUAG